AUGGCAAUCGAGUCUAAAAUGAGAGCAAUGGUUAACCGCUCCUCCGGCGAGCAGUCCUUGCGCCUGUCCAAAGAAGAUAUCGACAUUCCAACUCCUGCUGAUAACCAAGUCCUCGUGAAGAUCUCUCACGUUGCGCAGAAUCCGACCGAUGUCCAAAGUUUUGAUCUCAAUAGGUUUGAGGAAGGUGCUGUGCUUGGCUGUGAUUUCGUUGGAGAAUGUGUUGAGCUCGGUUCCUCCGUCAAACGAUACAAGAAGGGCGAUAUCAUAGCAGGCUUGAUCUGGGGUGGCGAGAUACCGGGUCUGGGUGCUUACAGUCAGUACACCUUGGCAGAUGAGAGAAUCUCGUUUCCGCUCUCGGGUAGUAUCUCUCGAGAACACGCGAGUACUGUGCCUUUGGCAGCAGCAACCGCUUGGCUAGCCUUGUAUUCCAAGGGCUGUCUGGCUAUCGAUCGGGAGCAGAACAAAGGGAGUAGCGUUUUGAUUUGGGGUGGUAGUUCAAGUGUCGGGCUAUACGCUAUUCAGCUAGCUUCUAUGCAUGGCCUAGAGGUUAUCACUUCCUGCAGCCCGAAGCAUGAAAAGCUAGUGCGCUCGUACGGCGCCCGUCAUGUCUUCGACUACAAGGACGAACAAGUGGUUGCCAAGAUCAAAGCUGUGGCUCCAACACUCAAAUAUGCCUUCGAUACGAUCGGCAAUGAUACCUCUUCCCCUACUGCGUCGCAGGCUCUGCAAGAUGGGGGCAAUGUGUGCACUGUACGACCGGGCAAGGCAAAUACUGAUAAGGUGGCUUCAGGCUGUCGCGUCACCGAUGUGUUUGUGUUCACUUCCUUCCUGAAGGACCACGCUUAUGGGACCUCCAAGUGGCCGGCCUCCGAAGAAGACCAUCAGCUAUCAUCCGAGUUAUUCGAGAAACUUACUCUCUGGUUGGAGCAGGGCACUCUCAAGCCUAGUCAUCCCAAGGUCUAUUCGGGCAUGGAAUCCGUGCCUGAAGGAUUUCAGGAGCAUCGAGAUGGGAAGAUCUCUGCGUACAAGAUCGUUUAUGAACUCUGA